AUGGCGCACGAACACAGCUCCCUAUGGUGGCCCGAGGAGCGCAUCAAAUCAACCCUCAACACAAAAUAUAUCCUCAGUCGUCUCCGACCAGAGAAUAUCCCCCGGCUUUUCGAAUUACCAGACUGGGGCGAAGGAUUAACCAGCGGGACGUACAUGGAAUGGAUCCUCACAAAAGCAGGCCGUGUCUUUAUGAUCCUCGAUGCUAUCGGUAUACCCGAUCGGAUCUUCGCGCUAGUAGAUGAAUCAUGCGACGAUGAUGAUCUACCCGUCGCACAACAUAGUGUCGAUUUACUACACUUGUCACCAGACGGAGAAGACAUCGCCCUCGAGACGACUUUCUUUCAUGCACAAUGGCGUUUCCUCGUUCGUGGUAUACCAGAGGGAGAACAUGUCGUCUAUACAGAGAAUGAGGGUGUUCCCGUCGAAGCGGUCCGCACAAAUACCAGUGGAAUACAUGGCCGUGAUGAUACGGUCGAUAGGGUUGUUCUCGCUGGCUCGGUCUGUCGAGUCUACAUGCGCACCCAAGUGCAAGUCGGCGGCGCACCGUAUUUCUUCUCGGCGGAUGAGGUUCUCGCUGAGAUCCGCAGCCUGAAAAGACUAUCGCACGAGCAUAUCGUCUCCGUCUACGCUUCCUAUCUAAAAGACGACAGUGUCUCGGUGCUGUUCACAGGUGCAACCGCAGAUCGAAAUCUCCACAGCUUCCUAACAGACGAACCGGUGUCCUUCAAACGACUAGAAAAAGAACAACGGCGCCAGAUCCUAAUCACCUGGCCACACUGUCUGGCAUCGGCAGUCUGCUGGCUACAUGCACGCGGCCACUCCCACGGCGCAAUCCGCCCAUCCAACAUCUUCAUCGACGCAAACUUCCACAUCUGUCUCGGUCAAUUCCAAGCUCUCGACUCCCUCCUAACCCCACCACACGUCAACGACCUCGAAGCAUACGAUUACUCUGCACCAGAGCGCUGGACUCGUCCCACAGCCCCGAUCCAAAAACAACCACAACCAACACAAACAAUCCUUCCCUCAGGAGGACGUACAAAGCGAAGACAAAAACAAACCCGUCUAGCCCUAUCCCCCCUAAACGAAAGCAGUUCCGCAGAACCAAGACCAAACUCCGCAUCCUCAAAACGAACAGUCAUCCGAAUAGGCCUACCAAACUCUCCAUCCCAUUUCUCCCUCGCCUUCUCAUCAUCCUCAUCAUCCUCAGGAGCCUCCUCAACAGCAUCAUCAAUCUACACAGACGCAACAGCAACAUCCCCCCAACCAAAAAAGCACCGUCUCACAUCAUUCUGGUCUAGAAAAACAAAAAUCCUAAGACCACCAUCAAUAAUGUCAACAUCAACAUCCUCCUCAUCAACAACACAAUCAACCCAAACAUCCCCAAUCUCCCCACCCCUCCGCCAUUCAAAAUCAACGCAAUCCCUAACAUCCUUCACAACAAUCAUCCCCUCCUCCAGCUCCGCCCCAACAAAAUCCCAAAUCCAAUCCCCAAAUCAAAAUGCCCCGGCAGAUAUAUUCUCCCUCGCAGCAACAACCCUCGACAUCCUAACAACCCUCCACAAAAGAACCCUCUCCUCAUUUGCAACGCACCGCAGCGCCAGAAACAGAUCCGCAGGACGCGGAGGCGGGAUAGCAGAUGCAUCCUUCCAUCUUUCGAAGAAUGCCGUGCAGGUUCAAUCGUGGAUUGCGUUGUUAGAGGGUGAUGCGUUGAAACGGUGUCGACGGGAUAGACGAUCGGAUAGUGUUUUCUGGGGUGUGCCGAAGAUGUUGAUUGUUGCUGUUGAGAGGGGGUCUGGGGGGAAAGGGGUUUUGCAUUGUGGGAAGGGGAAGGGGAGGAAGGAGGGUGGGUUGGAGGAUAUUCGAGAGAUGGAUGUUGGGUUUGUGGGGGCUUCUGAGUCCGGGUCUGUUUCGGAGUCUGUUUCGGAGUUUGAUUUUGGGUUUGGGGGUGGGAGUGAGAGUGAGAGUAAUGUUGAAGAUGGACAUGUUUUUGAUCUCGAUAUUGAGGAUGUUGAGUUUGAAGAGCCUGAUAUACAUGAGCAGGCCUUGCCUCACCUGUAUCUGCCAGAGUUGGAUAUGAACAUUACUGGGAUGGAAGGUUUGACGCUUAAAUAA